GCCAUUUUUACAAAAGGUGCGUUACAAUGAAACGCCUGGCCGUUAACAUGGUUGGAGGAGCUCCUAUAGCCAAGAUGCGACAAACGACGCUGGUUCCUUCUGGAGGCCUAUCAUCACAGUCAGUAAAUGAAAAUUUAUGGGAGACUACAGAAUCAUUAUUAGUCUAUAAACAUCCCAAGUGUGAACCAAGCGCUAAAAUUUUAGGCUUGGAUUUAGAUGGAACAAUUAUUAUUCCAUCUUCAGGAAAGGUUUUCCCAAAGGAUUAUACCGAUUGGAAACUAAUCAACAACAAUAUUCUAUCUAAACUCAAAGAAUAUUUUGACAAAGGAUACAAAGUUGUUUUAUUAUCCAAUCAAAGAGGCAUAACGAAAGGCUAUCAAGAUAUACCUAAUUUCAAGUUAAAAAUACAGAAUAUUGUCGAAAAACUCAACAUACCAGUACAAGCUUUAUUUUCCAUACUAGAGGAUAAAAAUCGUAAACCUCUUACUGGUAUGUGGGAUUAUCUCAAGGAGAAAGGUAAUUCUGGAGUGUCUAUUGAUUCAUUUUCAUCGUUUUAUUGCGGUGAUGCUGCUGGUCGUCUAGCCUAUGGGAGUCGUAAGAAGGAUCAUUCAUGUUGUGACCGUUUAUUUGCGCUUAAUAUCGGAAUUCGUUUUGUAACCCCUGAAGAACUUUGGUUCAAUCAAUCAGAUACCGAUAAAUUUGAAAUGCCUAAAUUCAAUCCAACUGAAUUAUUAUCUAAUAAUGAAAUACAAAAUACUAAAAUGCCAUCCAUUCAACGAUUAAAUCAACCUGAACUUGUUUUACUGAUAGGAUAUCCUGCAUCUGGUAAAUCGCAUUUCUGCUGUCAGGUGUUGGCACCACUUGGUUAUGAAAUAAUAAGUAGGGAUGUUAUUGGUACAUGGCAAAAAUGUGUUCAAGCUGCUGAAGAAGCUAUAGCAAAGAAACAAUCUGUUGUGGUAGACAACACAAAUAUAGAUAUAGAAUCGCGAUCUCGUUAUAUUAAAAUUGCUAAGGUAUGGGAUAUUCCAGUGCGUUGUUUCAUAAUGGAGACAUCAUUUGAACAUGCUCAACAUAAUGAAAAAUUCCGUGCUCUAACGAAUUCAUCUCAUAAACCAAUCAGUAGUAUGGUAUUCAAUAUGAUGAAAUCGAAAUACGAGAAGCCAACAUUGGAGGAGGGUUUUCAAGAAAUUCUAACGAUCCCAUUUAUAUUAGAUAAAAAUAUGGAGCAUCUUUCAUUGUACUGUAAAUAUUUACUAGAAAAGUAAUUAACGAAACUCGAGAUUUCUAUUCUGCUACUUUUCCUUCAAUUGUAUUCAUCAUACUUUAUUUUCUUUUUAAAAUACUAAGUAUGAUACAUCUUCAUAUAUGCUGUAUUUCUACCUCCUGUAUAUCAUUCUUGAUAACUUUUAGGUACCCAUUUUGAAGAAAAAUAAAAUUCUUAUACUAA